AUUCUAGAAAGACCCAAGUCAGUGCUGAUGGAACAAGAUGGGUCUGCUAUUCAGCGGCGCAUAGCAAUACUCUAAACAUGCCGCACGAUAAGGAUAAGCAGUGCUUUAGCGUCUUUAUUCCACUUACCUAACUUUCUAUCAGCCUCGCCUUCUGGACCCCGACAUCUCGAUCGCAUCACUUGCGCACGAAUAAAAAUACUAUCUGUUCCUCGCCAUAUAAUGCGAGGGUGCCACUUCAUCAGAGGACAUCCCAGCAAAUACAACUCAUAACACAAUGACGGCCGAUAUUCAACCAACAUACCCGCUCUCGAAGGCGCAAGUCGACGAAAUUGCCUCCCUCCACGAGGCAGACACGUCAGAGCUUGAGGGGCAAUUAAAGACUCUCUCAGAGACAUGCCAAAGUAACUGCGCCUCGGGGUUUGCCAAGUGCACAACCCAUCAGAAUGAGAUGCGCAAACUAUACCAAGAUACAUACACGGCAGCCUCGGCAGGGCGCUGGACGUCAUACCGACCAGCGGAAUAUACCCAAGAUCUAAAGCGAAUGUUUGAUGCGCAGACUACGAUAGAGAAAAUCAAUGGCCGUGUCCGGAGGGAGAAGACGCAGCAUAUCAAGGACGCUCAAUGCACUUUCGGACCCAGCGACCAUCCGGCAGUUAAGAAGGCCAAAAUACGAGCUGCUGAAUUGCGUGGUACUGGGACAUCUCCAGCGGACAUCGAUACCUACAUCAUCGAAGAAGAGGGGAAGCUACUAGGCACACUCACCCCCGAACAGCGCGAAGCCCAGGCCGAAUACAACAAAUCCAAAUCCGAAGCCGAGAAAUACACCUACCUCCGCAACUACGCCUGCACCCCCCAACCAACCGACACCCCCCGCGACGCCGAGCUGCGACAAAAAUGGACAAAGCUAUUCGACAACGCGACACCCUACAACGAGAUCAUCCCCGCAAUGGAAAAAGACAUCGCUGACGCAAAGUCCAACGCACAGAUUCUCGAGAACCGGCUGGCGGAUCUACGGAACGCGCAGGCGGCGAAUAAUAAAGCGAAAGCGGCGAAGGAGGAGAGUAAGCGCAAGCAGGCAAGGGAUGCGAUUAGGCGCUGCUGCUCGGAGGGGUGUGGGAAUGUGUGUGAGCUUAGUGGGCCGAAUGCGGAUUUGGGGUGCGAGAGGUGCUUUGGGAUGAAGGAGGAGGGGGGGUUGCAGGAGUAUUCGUGGUUUUGUAGUCCGGAGUGUGCGAAGGGGAAUGCGGGGAGUCAUAAUGCGAGGUUUCAUUCGAGCUGAGUGGUGGUUGUGGUAUGGUAUUUGUCUGCGUCGUGUGUUUGGAGGUGGUUUUUGUAAGGGGUUUGGAUGGCGUUUAUGGGCGCUUUGGUGAUACCCGUACCUUGGUUUCGUUUGAGGAGAACUUUUGUAGCUAUAUAAGACUGCUAUUUUAACCCGGGGGCAGAUAGAUAGAGCCUCCUGUGGGAGGUCAAGUUCAAGCCAGCAUAGUUUAGAAUUAUGCGAUAUUUCUCUAUG